AUGAAGAUGGGGACAUACUCUUGAAACCAUGUGAUACCAGAAGCAAGCAGCGGCAUCAGUUUCACAUUUUCCUGGUUUUAUCCCGGAUGGUUCUUCUCUGCACCGAAAACAAAUUCAGGUCCUGACAGAACUCAGAAGGAUCCACAACCAGGUGUUCCAGUUGCUUCCAUCCGUUCCAUAUCUCCAGCUGAGCUAGCUAAGAGAAACAACUCACGAACCAAGCCCAGAAAGGCUAGGAAACAGAAGUCUGCUGACAAGAAUUCUAAUCAAAUUCCACCCAAGGUUUUGGGGCCAAAGCAACCCGAGAAGAAAUCUUCCAAGAAGACGAAUGGACAAAUCAGACCUGAAUCAAAACGUGAGAAAAAGAAUCUUGAUAUCGAUAUUGGCAAAACAAAGUUCGAUUUAUCUGGUGUUCCUUCUCCAUUUUGGUCUUGUACAGGUAUGCCAAGAGUUUGUUACAAAUGGGGUGCUGGUGGAUGGCAAUCUUUGUGUUGCACGAAUAGCAUAUCUGAGCACUCUCUUCCCAUGACUUUUAGGCCUGGUGUUCGCAUGGCUAAGAGGAAAAUGAGCAAUGGAGCAUAUGUGAAACUUAUUCUGAAACUGUCAGCCGAAGGUUACGAUCUUUCUCAUCAUCUUGACUUGAAGGACCACUGGGCUAGACAUGGCACUGACAAGUUUGUUACAAUCAAAAAGAGAUCUGGAAUGUUGGAAGCUAAAUUGCCAGCAUACCUAAUUCCCAACCUUCCACGGGUAAGUUGUAGAGUGUUGUUAUAUCAAAAAGAGAUCUUGAUUUUCUCGACUUUUUCCUUUUGAUCUGUUAUAAUAAGCUAAACGCAAGAUGGC